CACUAGUUCCGGUCCGACACAUCUUUAGGUCCCCGGCCGGUCAAUGCUUAUCUCAUUCCGCUGCUGCCAACGGACCGUUUCAUUCCUCCAGUAUGUUCUGAACGAGCGACGGCCCACUUUCCUUAGAGGACAGAAUAUGUUUUUUCUCUCUCAAAUAUAUUGUGAUAUGUACACAACAUAGAAACAGCGUAGUUACAGAACUCGUUUCUAACGGACCUAGCUACCGUUGCUAUCGCGGUGUCACCUUGAAUUCUGCCCCAGAAUGGCUGCUACCACAAAGCUGACCAACCAUCACCUCGUAAACUCACCGCCACAGUUAUUGUGAAUGAACAGUGGGUUAGUUUUAACGUUAACUUGAUGUCUCAGGAUAUUUUUUAAGUAACAGUGUUUAGUUUUGCCAGCUUAUUGUACCAUGGGAGUAGUACUGCGGAACCUCCAGAAGGUGGUGCCUCUCCGCCGCGCCCGGCUGCGCAGGGAUGUUGACACUCUGAGGCACAUCCUGGGCAUCCAGAAGUUUGACCUGGGCAUCGUCUGCGUGGAUAACCACCGGAUCCAGAGGAUUAACAGCAUCUACAGGAAGAAAAAUGUGCCCACGGAUGUCCUCUCAUUCCCAUUCUACGAGGACCUGAGGCCUGGGAAGCUGCCUUGCCCCAUUCAGAGGGAUGAGCUGAACCUUGGGGACAUUUUCUUGGGGGUGGAGUUUGUGAUGAAGCAGUGUAAGGAGGAAUCCCUAGACCUGCAUGGAAUCCUCACUGUUGUCACUGCACAUGGUAUCUGUCACCUGUUGGGCUACAGACAUGAGACAGAGGAAGAAUGGACUGAGAUGCUGCAGAGGGAAAGCUACAUUCUAAGUGAGUACAACCGACUCACAGGGAGACAUCUGGAGCCACUGAUGAAGAGAUGCAGUCAGGAUAGGUGACACUGACGGACACCUGUUAACUUUACAGUUGUACUAUGGUGCUUGAUAUUGUUGUUCACUAUCCUGUAACCAGGUGGACUACUCACUACUACUGUUGUGACUGUAUUCACCUUCAUGCUGUUCUUUUCCACAAUCACACAUCUGCGGCUAUACUGCUCGAAGGACUUUAUUCACCUGGCAGUAGAAAUGCAGCUUUUUGACUGUGGAUAUCCAUUUCAAACACUGGAUGUGAGCGUUGUUAAAGAGUUUUUGAACAUCAAAUUAAAAAGUCUGUGCACUUUCA